CAGUCCGCGAGUUUUCGUUUCUCACGUACGCACGUGUAGUGACUUUAUAAAUAAUGAGUAAAGUUUAUGAUAUAAGGUAGGAGGGAAACCAAGAAGCAUGGGUAAAGGCGACCCUUGUGGCGUGUGCGGCGAGACGAGGACGCGGCUGGUGGACGGGUUCUUCUACUGCGUGGAGUGCGGCACGCAGGACACGAACGUGCAGGAGACCGUGGUGGAGCACCAGGCGCUGGCCGACGGCACGUUCACCAUCGCGCGCCGCUCCCGGUACUCCAUCAAGAUUAAGGAGGGAGUGGAAAUGAGCCCGGAGUGGUACAAAUGGCACAAGUCCAAUUUCCUCCUGGCUGGGCUGACGGAGCUGCUCAUCGAGCUCGGAGCGGCCCCGAGUGUGCGCAUGAAGGUGCUGUGGAUCUGGAGCCGCUACAUCAAGAUGUUCCAGAAAAGAGAGGCAAUGGGCCCCAAUCAAGUGCUCAAGCAGCUGGAGGUCGGAUCCUCCUCCAGCGAGGCGGAGGCGGAGGAGGCGGAGGGCGAGGAGCUCGGGCCCCGCUCCCUCCAGGCCAGGGCCCUCCGCGUCGACCGCGUCACCAACUACGUGGUGGUCGCCAUACUGGCGCUGGCGCUCAACUUCGACCGCAGCCCCAUCCUGGUGUCGCACUUCCUGCGGCUCCUGCGCUGGCGGCUGCUGCCCGUCGCCGACAAGUUCCGGUUCGUGCCCGCGGAGGUGCUCGCCGGGCUGCGCGGCCGGCGCGCCGCGCGGCUCGCCGCCCUGCCGCUCGACUGUAACCCGCUGACGGUCUUCCACUACCUCCCCGUCAUGAUGUGUCGCGUGAGCCGGCUGCUGGCGCUGGGCGGGCCGCUGACGCCGGACGUGGCGGGCGUGCUGCGCGCGCAGCUGCGCGAGCUGCGGCUGCCGAGCGCGCUGGCGGCCGUCGUGUGCGCGCUCAUGGACCUGCUCCCCGUGCCGUUCAAAGCGAAAACGAAACUGAUGCCGAAGGAGAAAUUGGGAGGAGACUACUUCCCCGACUACGAGACGACGGUGAUGGCGUACAUCGUGGUGGCGCUCAAGAUGUGCUUCGGCCUCGACGACGACCGCGAGCGGCGGCUCUCCGACGCCGUGGACCUGAUCAACGAGGAGGCCGGGCACCCCCUCGCGUACGGCUCGGCGCCGGAGCCCACGGCGCGGCUGUUCAGCUUCCUCGCGUGGGCCGCGCACCUGCGCCUGCGCGCCGCGCUCGCCGCGCGCCACGCCGCGCCGCUCGCCUGGGCGCGCGCCCGGCGCGGCGCCGACGACGCCGCCAUGGAGCACUUCACCGAGCGAGCCGGCGAGCGGCGGCACGAUCCCGACAAGAGUGAGACCGACGUCGCCCGUCCCUUCUUAUCUACGACGUCGUCCGGUCCGGUGUCGGAUGUGGAUUCUAUCAAGAAGGGCGCCAAAGCGAGGUUAACCGACCAAGUGACCAUGGAGAUAUUGGACAGGAUCCCCAAGCGGUACGAAGUCGGCGUCCCGUCCCUCGAGGAGCUCAGGCCGGCCAUGGCCUCGAGGGAACCUCAGACUGCGAUAGCGAGGGCCAUAGGCCACCUCCUGCCCGCCGAGCGGAGGAAGCUCCUCGACGAGGACUUCACGCAAUACUCCCUCGAGUACGCGUACAGACACCUCGCGCUCCCCUCCCCGCCCUCCCGGCACGGGAAGCUGUUCCGAGGCGUCAGAGUGAAGGACGGUCGCGGACGACGGCUCGGGGACGCCGUGUACAGCAGCCUCGCCGACGCCACCCCGGUCUACGUCAAGGACUGCGCCAACCGCCACUGGGCGCGCGCCGCCCGCCCCGCCGCCGCGCACGUGCGAGCCCCAGGCGACGCACCGUACCGCUCCCCGGACACUGAACACGAGAAAGAGAAUGACGACUUGGAGACCUUUGUGGAAGAGGACGAGGGCACGAAUAUUUUUGACGAUGAUUUUUGUGAUAUGCCGAUCAAGGACGAGAAACCCGAUUCGAAGGAUGAUAUAGACGUCGACGAGACUAAACGUGAUAUAAACUGGGGCGACGACGUUGACAACUUUGAGAGCGCCGGCGUCGAAGAUGACGCCGACGAAUGCGACGUAUUCGAUAGCGACGACGAGGUCGAGCCGCGGUUCGACCCCGACACCUUCGACAGGAAGGAGGUCAUCAAAGAGAUGAUGGCGGCCGCCUAUAGAGACUGCCACGUGCCGAUCCCGGCGCGAUAUCUACCUCUCGGUGAGAAACCGACGAAAAAGAUGAAGAAAACGUACCCCAGUGCGGCCCCGAUCCGGGAGUACGUUUACGGCAUCGGAACGCAGUACUGGGCCAACAGGCUCAAGAAGCGGGAAGAUGCGGCCAAGGUCGAGGACCUCGUGGCCGCCUACAGGGGCAACUUGCACAACGACGUGCUACACCAGGUGGAGGAACGAGUGCGCGCGUUCACGAACGCGAACGAGAGUGCCGACGUCAUCGAGCCCGCGACCGAGCUCGCGGACCCUAGCCGCCCCGCGGACGGAAACGCCGUGGAAGACCGAGAUGUGGACGAGUCUAGAGACGUGGAAUUUAUUGAAAAUGAAGCCAAAAAUUAUAAAAGUAACGACGAAGACUCGUGUGAAGAGCACGCCUACGACCCUGUUCUUAAAAACGAUGCUGAUUUUGAUGAAAAAACGCACGACGUCGAGCAGUUGUACGUGAAGCUGAAGGAGCUCCCCCCGGAGGCCGAGCGAGCCGCGAGUCCCGACGACCAACUCACCGCCAUCCUCGACCAAACCAUCCGCCAGAUGAAACAUCCGAAAAUAAAGAAAAAGGGGGCAAUGAUCAUAAAGACCGAUAUCAAUCACUUGGUGGACGAUCCGAAACGUAUCACCAGAUUUAAUUACUGGUUCACGUUAUUAUAUGCAAGACCUAAAGACAACAAACAUUUCCUGAAGUCAGACCGGAGAUUGGAGAAAGAGUUUGAGGAGAAUUCGUCGCGCAGCUUCUGGUUCGUGCUGAAGGAGUGCUCUGCCGUGUUGGACAUCUCGCCGCUGCGCCUCUACCGCCUCGUCACCGAAAUCGAGAAACAGAUGCUCAAACUACUGCCCAAAAAUCAAAGAAAAGGAAAUGAACCCAAGAAAAUGGGAAGACCCCCCUUACACAAGCCUCGUUUAGACGAGUACCCCAAAAAGAAACGUGGGAGACCUCGCAAACACAUGGACAAGAAUCUUUCAGGAGAAAGUGGCUUACACUGUAGACCAGAAAGACUCCGCAAAGACUUAAAAAAUGCAAGCGCCUCUCAGAGUCAGGACCGGCCAAGGAAACUAGGAGAACAGCGCAAAACCUUGAAUGGCAACCUUUCAGAAUCUAGCGACUCCCAGGAGUGGCGACCUGACACACUCAGCGAGGACUCUGAAGAUUCAAGCACCUCGGAGGAUCAGGACCAGCCAAGGAAACGAGGAAGACCCCGAAAACCCCUGGACAAAAAUACUUCAGAAAACAACAAUAACUCACAAAGGUCCAGCAAAAACUUAAAAGAGUCCAGCACCUCGAAGAAUCAAGACAAACCAAGGAAACGGGGAAGACCUCGCAAAACUCUGGGCAAAAUUAUUUUAGAUGACAGUGACUCAGAUUCGCAGGACUUGAAACCUCGAAGAUCCAGCAACGACUUGGAAGAUGCAACCAUCACACAAAACCAAGACCUACCAAGGAAUCGAGGAAUACCUCGCAAAACAUUCGAUGGUAACCAUUCAAACACUAGUGACUCGGGGGACACCAGUCCAGAAAGACCCCGCAAAAAUUCAAACACCUCACAGAAUCGGCCGAGAAAACGAGUAAAACUUCCCAAACACUCGAAAGAAAAUCUUAUCUCAGACACUAGCGACCCGCAGGACUGUAAUUUCGAAAGUUCAGAAGAUUCAAGCACCUUGCAUAAUCGACGAAGAAAACGUGAAAAACCCCUCAAACUCUUGGACGAAACUCCUUCGGAUGACAGCGACUCCCAGCAGUCGACACGAGAAAGAUCCAGAAAAUACUUAGGAAAUAGUACUUCACAAGAUCAGGACCCAUCUAGGAAACAAGGAAGACACCUCAAAUUUCUGAAUGACAGUGUUUCAGAAGACAGCUACUCGCCGGAGUGCCAACAAGAAAGAUUCGGCACUCUCAGCGGAGACAUAGACGACGAAAGCGCCUUACAGAAUCACUACCCAUCAAGGAAACAAGUAAAACCCCUCAAAUUCUCGGAUGAAAGUGUUUCAGAAGACAGCGACUCACCGGAGUGCCAACAAGAAAGAUUCGGCACUCUCAGCGGAGACAUAGAAGACGAAAGCGCCUCACAGAAUCACUACCCACCAAGGAAACCAGUAAAACCCCUCAAAUUCUCGGAUAAAAGUCUUUCAGAAGAAAGCGACUCGCAGCAUUGGCGAUCAGAAAGACUCGACAAAGCCUCAGAAGCUAAAAGUAUCUCGCAAAAUCAGGAUCAGCCAAGGAAACACGGAAGAACCUUAAGGAGAAGUUCAGAAAUAUCCAAUACGUUAGACUCGAGACUUCAAGAUGAUAAUAACACUUCCCAGAAUCAAGAGCAUCCAAGUAAACGGGGAAGACCGCCCGAAUAUGUGGACGAAGACACACCAGAUGUAGGCGCCUCGCAGAGGAGCACCCCAGAGAGAUCCAGCGCAUAUUUUGUCUCGGGUCAUAUAGAAGGUGAAAGCACAUAUUUAGAUUCGACACAUAUAGACGUUGAAACCGCCUCACAGAACCAGGAGCAACCGAGAAAACGAGGUAGACCCCGUAAAUACAUUGAUGGCAAGCCUAUAGGCGGAAAAUUGCAGAAUCCAGAGCAACCAAGGAAACGGGGAAGACCUCGUAAGUAUGUGGAUGGAAAGCCUUCAGGAGAAAAAUCGCAGAAAUCAAAUCCCCAAGAUGAACGCGCCUCACGAAACCAGGAACAUCCAAGGAAAGGGGGAAGAAACACCCCGCAAAACCAAGAGCACCCUAAAAAACGAGUAAUACCAAGACUUCGUAAAUCCUUAGAAAGGAAUGUUUCCGAAGACAGCAACUCUGAUAAGAGCAGCCCAGAAAGAUUGAGAACAUACUCAGAUUCGAGUCUCCAAGAAGGUGAAGGCGCCUCACAGAAACAGGAAUACCAAAGGGAAAGGAGGAGACCUCUUAAAUCCUUGGACGAGGACCAUUCAGAAGCGAGUGCUUCGCAGAGGAGCACCCCAGAAAAAUCCAGCAUAUACUUGGAUUCGAGUCAUGAAGGAUAUAAUAGCCCCUCACGGAACGAGGAGCCGCCAAGGAAAAGAAGAAGACCUCGCAAAUCCACCGAUGGGAGUGUUAUAGAACUAUGUGCCUCGAAGAAGGGUUCUCCAGAAAGAUGCAGCAAAUUUGACUUGAGUCUUCAAGAUCAAAGCGCCUCACGACCGCACCAAAACGUAGCUGGAAACCCUCCAAGAGGAAACAUCUCUAAGAGGAGCACUCCAGAAAGAUCCAGCACAUAUUUAAGCUCGAGACUUUUACAAGAUAGUAGCGCCUUGCAGAGUCAGAAGCACCCAAGGAAAUCUUGGGGAGAGAGCAGUUUGCUAAACAGGACCUCUGACAUAGCCAGCACAGACAUGAAUUCGAGUCUUCAAGAAGAUAAUAACGCUUCUAAUAACCAAGCACAACCAAGAAAACGAAACAGAGCAAGCAAAUCCAUGGAUGGGAGUCUUUUAGAAGCGGGCGCCUCACAAAAGACAACGCCAAGAAGAAAACAAUCAGGAGCCAGCAUAUACUUAAAGGUUGGAAGCCGUUCACAGAAGGAGAAGUAUCCAGGAACGAAACCUGUACAAGUGACCCUUUCGGAAGUAGUGAACAUCUUGCAAGAGAGGAGACCAGAAAGGGUAAACCCCAGCAAAUACGUAGAGGAUCCAAGCGAUUCACAGAACAAGGCACAUCCAAGUAAACAAGGAAAACCAUGCAAAUCCAUGGACUUUCCGAAAAUAAGCACCUUGCACAGGGAACCAGAAAGACCUAGCCCAUACUUAAACUGGAAACCUCUUGAAAAUGCAAGCACCCCGCAGAACCAAGGACACCCAAAUAAACCAGAACGAUUCAGCAAAUACGUCGAGAGAAAUCUUCCAGAUAUAAGCGCCAUUCAGGAGUUUCAGGGCAGUUCAGCUGAGCCGAGUUUGUUGCGAAACAAAAGAGAAGAAUAUUCUGAAACGAAAGUGAUUAGUUUCGAUCAAUUCUAGUGACUAUGUGAUAGAUUUGUGUUAGGGUAGUAGUAAGUGCCUAUUGUGCGAAACCGAUUCGUAAUAAUUAAUAACGACUGAUUUAAACUUUCACGAUUAUUAAACAUUAUCAAACUGCACAACGGGACUUAAUCGCGUAUUUAAGUUUUAAGAUUUACCUCCGACAUUUCGAUUUUCAAUUAAAUUAAAUUAAAGACGUCCAUCUUCGUCAUGAUUCGUUAUUAAUUAUCAAACUGCACAACGGGACUUAAUCGCGUAUUUAAGUUUUAAGAAGACCGAAGUUCUCCGA